AAUGACGCCACAUCGUCACCGAAAGGGUUAAGGGCCUUGCGUCUGACGUAUUCGCAAAAUGGCUGAAUGAGAGAUUAAAAAUGGACCAAACCUUUUAUCAGGUUUAAUGGAGUGACAUCGGUGCUUCUUUACCAUGCAACCCCUACAUCACUGCAAGCAUCUUCUAGACCAGCUGAACAAACAGCGCGAGGCAGGGUUCCUGUGUGACUGCACCGUUGUGAUCGGCCAGUCCCAGUUCCAAGCUCACAGGAAUGUACUGGCAGCAUUUAGUGAAUACUUCAGCACACAGUGUGGGGAUCCAGCUGGGAACAGCGUCAUGCUUCUGGACCCAGAGACAGUGGACGCAGCAUGGUUUGAGAAGCUGUUGAAGUACAUGUAUACUGGGGACAUUGAGUUUGAAAGCUGCAAUGUGAGAGAAGUCCAUAAGGCUGCCACCUUCCUCAAAAUGGAGGCACUGGCUGCGCUGUGUGAUUUGACCCUGGGCUACCUGACAACAGACGCCAAGCCUGUUUUUACUGAAAGCGCGAGCGCUGCUGGGGAGCACGAGACCGGCGAGCACGAGACCGGCGAGCACUCCGUGGCGUUGACCGGUGACGAGUUUUCCGAUGCGGAUGAUGCAUUGAUGGAUUCCUCACCGGAGAGCCCAGGUUCUGUCCUCUCGGCAGCCGAGAGUACUGAAGUCCACACGCAGGGGCCCGAGAAGAUGGGAAAGAAAGCCAGGAAGCCCAGAAACUCGGCUGAUGGCGACAGCCAACCAAAGAGCCAUCAGAAGGAGAAGAGACAGCAGAAGGCUGGGGUGCAGCCCCAGCAGGGAGAAGCCUUCAGCGAUGCCAGUAACAAGACAGCUGAGGCCGCUGGACAGGGGAUCCAGAGCCGGGAGGGCCCGGAUGGUGAAUCCUUGUUAUCCGUGGACAAUGGGACCCCGGCGGACCAAAGUCCUGCUGCUCCCAAACUUUCCUUAAAGCGGGGAAAAACGCGGAAACAUUGCACGCUGAAGGAAAACUGUGCCACCGACCCCGCCAGCGAGGAGAACAGUGACAUUCCCGAGGGCGCCGAGAUGGAGGACUUGUCCGACAAGCAGCUGAAAACGAAGCCGGCCUGCAGCACCUGUGGGAAGGUGUUCUCGGAAGCCAGCAGCCUGCGGAGACACAUGCGGAUUCACAAGGGCGUAAAGCCCUAUGUAUGUCAACUGUGUGGCAAAGCCUUCACGCAGUGCAACCAAUUGAAGACGCACGUCCGCACACACACAGGGGAGAAGCCUUACCAGUGUGAUCUGUGUGAAAAGGGUUUUGCUCAGAAGUGUCAGCUGGUCUUUCACAGUCGCAUGCACCAUGGCGAAGAGAAACCAUACAAGUGUGACAUCUGUGGCCUACAAUUCGCUACAUCCAGCAACCUCAAAAUACAUGCCAGAAAGCACAGCGGGGAGAAGCCAUAUGUGUGCGAUAGGUGUGGUCAGCGCUUUGCCCAGGCUAGCACACUGACCUAUCACGUGCGCCGACACACGGGGGAAAAACCUUAUAUCUGUGACACCUGUGGGAAGGCUUUCGCUGUCUCCAGCUCUCUCAUUACCCAUGCAAGGAAGCACACAGGGGAGAAACCAUACAUGUGCCGUACUUGUGGGAAAAGUUUCAUUUCUUCCGGGGAGCUCAAUAAACACUGCAGGUCCCAUACAGGUGAAAAGCCCUUUGUGUGUGAAUUGUGCGGAAACUCCUACACAGAUGUAAAAAAUCUCAAAAAGCACAAAGCAAAGGCACACAGUGUUGACAGAGGCCUAGACCCCAGCUCGAGUACCUUUGAGGAAGGACACGUGCAGCAGAAAGCCUCCUUGCAGGACACGGUGGAGCUCAAGCCUGCCGACGUACCUCUUUCCCUGACUCUGCCCAUUGCCCCUGAAGAGCAGCAGAUGCUGCUGUCGGGCACAGACAGCUCCUCUGUUCCUCCCGAUCAGCUGCUCCGACCGAUGGUGACAGGUUACUCGGAGCCCCAGUACAUCUUUCUGCAGCAGCUUUACUGAAAUUGCGCCAGUAACGUACCUGAGCUACAGUUCGGAGCAGAAGGACUUAGAUUCUGAUCCUGUCUGGGGGCAUGAUGGCAGCUCGGUGCUGCGUUUGAGUUUUGAACAACAUCAAUAUAAGCACAUUAAGUUAAAGAACACCGAUACUGUGGGGAAUUUAGACAUGGGCUACAUCCCAUUUAGGUUUUCAGCAAGGAGUAUAAAACCUACAGUUGCUCCAGCUGUGAUACAGUUGAAUUACAGAUGAGGCCAGAAUUGCGAUAAAAACAUAGCUGCACCCUGCUGACAUUUUUAAAAGCUUUUGUUUCAUUUUUUGCUGUCGAGAAUUUCAGAGUGUUGAGAAAAAACAUAGCCAGUAAAAUAAAAUGUUGUAGCUGGUGUUGGCUACAGUAUACAUUUUGGGAGCCCUGUAUACUACUAAAAAGUGAGAUGUUCAAAUUUU